CUUUCGUAACUAGUUUAGUAAAAUUAGCUAAAAUGUUUUUAGUCAGUUUAGGCAAAAUACGGCCUAUUUUCAACUAUGUAUUUACUUAAUCACAUUUUGACAUUGCUUUGUCUAUUUUCGGUCGACAUAGCUUUCCUAAAGCCACCAAUACAUCAGUCAACUGAAAUUUUCAAGUUAAAGAUAUGAGUUGGUCAGACUAACACUGACUGUAUGCUGACCUGCCAGCGCCUUCUUUUCUCCACUUUUAAAUCUGCCUGCUCCAACAACAAUCUGAGGCUGGCGCAGGACUGUGGUGCGCACUGGCUGCUGGCCACAGGCCUAAAUGACCUUUAGGAUUUGGAGCAGGAGGCACCGGGCGACACUGCCUCACAUUGUGCUGAGAGUCAUCAAUUAUGCAGGGGAGCCGCUAGGCUCUGAGGAGGGCUGCUGGAGGUGGAGGUACUAGUGGUGUGUGUGUGUGUGUGUGUGUGUGUCUGUGUGUGUGUGUGUGUGUGUGUGUGUGUGUGUGUAUGUGUGUGAGAGAGAGAGAGAGGGAAGACGGCAGCAACAAUAUGGCGACAACCGCAGUUUCUCCACGACCAUUCCUGCAUCUGCAGUCCCGCCAAGGCUUCUCCCCGGGUUCCCUGUAACGUUUCCAAGAGCUGCUAGAGUGGAUGGUCCAAACCUAAAGACCACAUAGUUGCAGGAUGAAAACAUGGCUGCACCCCUUAUCGCACCGCCAGGACCUAAUAGCUUCAGGAGGUUUAAUGUGGAAUCUUUGGCGACCCUCGAGCUGCGCAUCAACGAGGAGAAGAACAAGAAGCCACCCAAGCAGGACAGCAGUUACCGUGACGACGAUGACGAGAACAAGCCCAAGCCCAACAGCGACCUGGAGGCUGGGAAGAGCCUGCCCUACAUCUAUGGAGACCCCCCGAAGGGAAUGGUGGCGGUACCACUGGAUGAUCUGGACCCGUACUACCUGAACUCUCAGAAAACAUUUAUAGUGCUGAAUAGAGGGAAGACAAUCUUCCGUUUUAGUGCCACACCUGCCUUGUACUUCAUAAGUCCUUUUAAUCCAGUUAGGCAAAUAGCUAUUAAAAUUUUGAUACAUUCUCUUUUCAGCAUGAUCAUUAUGUGUACUAUUUUGACCAACUGUAUAUUCAUGACCUUUAGUGAUCCUCCCGAGUGGUCAAAACAAGUAGAAUACACAUUCACAGGAAUUUAUACAUUUGAAUCUCUUGUAAAAAUCACGGCACGAGGAUUCUGUAUAGACCGGUUUACAUUCCUCCGAGAUCCAUGGAACUGGUUGGAUUUCAUGGUCAUCUCCAUGGCAUAUGUAACAGAGUUUGUGGACCUGGGCAAUGUAUCUGCGCUGAGAACGUUCAGAGUUCUCCGAGCAUUGAAAACUAUCUCUGUGAUUCCAGGCCUGAAGACCAUCGUGGGCGCCCUCAUCCAGUCUGUCAAGAAGCUUUCGGACGUUAUGAUCCUGACCGUCUUCUGCCUGAGCGUCUUUGCACUCAUCGGCCUGCAACUCUUCAUGGGAAACCUGCGCCAAAAGUGUGUCUUUUGGCCCAUCAACAACACCGAGAGCUACCUGUCCAAUGGCAGCAGGGGCUUUGACUGGGACGAGUACAUCACCAACAAUACAAAUUUCUACUUCCUGCCUGGCCAGUUAGAUGCUCUUCUCUGUGGGAACAGCUCAGACUCUGGCCGCUGCCCGGAGGGCUACACGUGCAUGAAAGCUGGGAGGAAUCCAAACUACGGCUAUACCAGCUUUGAUAGCUUCGGCUGGGCCUUCCUGGCUCUCUUCCGACUCAUGACACAAGACUUCUGGGAAAACCUCUACAUGCUGACCCUGAGGGCGGCAGGGAAGACCUACAUGAUCUUCUUUGUCUUGGUGAUCUUUGUGGGCUCCUUUUACUUGGUGAAUCUGAUCCUGGCUGUGGUAGCCAUGGCCUAUGAAGAGCAGAACCAAGCCACCAUGGAGGAGGCCUUGCAGAAGGAGGAGGAAUUCAAGGCCAUGCUGGAGCAGCUCAAGAGACAACAGGAAGACGCUCAAACUGCUGCCAUGGCAACCUCGGCGGGAACAGUCUCAGAGGAUGUGGUAGAGGACGAAGGAGGUGGGCGCCUCUCGUGCAGCUCCUCGGAGAUGUCCAAGCUCAGCUCUAAGAGUGCCAAAGAGCGGCGCAACCGCAAGAAGAAAUGGCGCCAGAAGGAGCAAGAAAAGGAGAAAGGUGACAGUGAGAAGUUUGUCAAGUCAGAGUCGGACGACGGCAGCAAGAGGAGUCGUUUCCGUUUUCCUGAUAACCGUCUGGGACGAAAGUCUUCCAUUAUGAACCAGUCCCUUCUCAGCAUACCCGGCUCGCCCUUCCUGUCACGCCACAACAGCAAGAGCAGCAUCUUCAGUUUCAAGGGCCGCGGUAAGGACGUGGGUUCAGAAAAUGAGUUUGCCGAUGAUGAACACAGCACGGUGGAGGAGUGCGAGGAGCGCCGGGGAUCCCUGUUCAGCCCAUACCGGCGAAGCAGCUACAGCGGCUACCACGGCAAAAGGAACAGCACAGUGGAUUGCAACGGCGUGGUGUCCCUCAUCGGCCCUGGGCCCGGUGGACGCCUUCUGCCUGAGGUGAAAAUAGAUAAGGCAGCUACCGACGACAGUCCAACUACUGAGGUUGAGGUGAAGAAGAAGCUGUCGGGCUCCCUGAUGGUGUCUGUGGACCAGCUCAAUACCUCCUUUGGGCGGAAAGAGCGGGCCAACAGUGUCAUGAGCGUCAUUACCAACACACUAGUGGAGGAACUGGAGGAGGCCCAGCGCAAGUGUCCGCCAUGCUGGUAUAAGUUUUCUAACACAUUCCUUAUAUGGGAAUGCUCCCCCACUUGGUUGAAGAUCAAGGAGACAAUGAACCAGUUCGUCAUGGAUCCCUUUGUGGACCUGGCCAUCACCAUCUGUAUCGUCCUCAACACGCUCUUCAUGGCCAUGGAGCAUUACCCCAUGACCCCUGACUUUGAGCAUAUGCUGUCUGUGGGCAAUUUGGUGUUCACUGGGAUCUUUGCAGGGGAGAUGAUGUUUAAACUGGUGGCCAUGGAUCCUUAUUACUACUUUCAAGAAGCCUGGAAUUGUUUUGAUGGCUUCAUUGUGACGCUGAGUUUAGUCGAGCUGGCUCUAGCUGAUGUCGAGGGUCUUUCUGUGCUGCGGUCGUUCCGAUUGCUGAGAGUGUUUAAGCUGGCCAAGUCAUGGCCGACUCUCAACAUGCUGAUCAAAAUCAUUGGUAACUCGGUGGGCGCUUUAGGAAACUUGACUCUAGUGUUGGCCAUCAUCGUCUUUAUCUUUGCCGUGGUGGGCAUGCAGCUGUUUGGCAAGAGUUACAAAGACUGCGUGUGCAAGAUCGACGCCGACUGUGAGCUGCCACGAUGGCACAUGAACGACUUUUUCCAUUCUUUCCUGAUCGUCUUCCGGGUGCUGUGUGGUGAGUGGAUUGAGACUAUGUGGGACUGCAUGGAGGUGGCAGGCCAGGGCAUGUGCCUCAUCGUGUUCAUGAUGGUCAUGGUCAUCGGUAACUUGGUGGUGUUGAACCUGUUCCUUGCCUUGCUGCUGAGCUCAUUCAGCGCUGACAACUUGGCUGCAACAGACGACGACGGGGAGCUCAACAACCUGCAGAUUUCCGUCAUACGCAUCAAGAAAGGUAUUGCGUGGUCAAAAGUCAAAAUGCGUCUGGUGAUGGCCAGUUUGUUGAGAAAACCGCCAAUGGAGGAUGAGCAGAAGCCUUUGGACGACAUGUACGACAAGAAGCUCAACUGCAUUGCCAACCACACUGGGGUCGACAUCAACAGAGAUCUGGACUAUGCAAAGAAUGGUAAUGGGACCACCAGCGGCAUUGGCAGCAGUGUGGGCAAGUACAUGAUCGACGAGGACCACAUGUCGUUCAUCCACAACCCGAACCUGACCGUCUGUGUGCCCAUUGCUGUUGGGGAGUCUGAUUUUGAGAACCUUAAUACGGAAGACUUCAGUAGCGAGUCGGAAAACGAAAACAGCAAAGAGCUGGACGACACCAGCUCAUCAGAGGGAAGCACGAUUGACAUCAAGCCAGAUGUGGAGGAGGUGGUGGUGGUGGAGCCGGUGGAGGAAUACAUGGAACCAGAAGCAUGCUGGACAGAUGGAUGUGUGGCCAAGUACAAGUGCUGUGAUGUCGACAUUACCAUGGGCUGGGGGAAGCCGUGGUGGUUCUUGAGGAAAACUUGCUACCUGAUUGUAGAGCAUAACUGGUUUGAGACCCUCAUCAUCUUCAUGAUCCUCCUAAGCAGUGGAGCUCUGGCCUUUGAGGAUGUGUACAUUGAGCAAAGGAAAACCAUUCGGUUCAUUUUGGAAUAUGCAGACCGAGUUUUUACCUACAUCUUUAUCCUGGAGAUGUUGCUGAAAUGGGUGGCCUAUGGUUUUGUCAAGUACUUCACCAACGCUUGGUGUUGGCUGGACUUCUUCAUUGUGGAUGUGUCUAUAGUCAGCCUUGUAGCUAAUGCGCUGGGCUACUCCGAUCUAGGGCCCAUUAAAUCACUCAGGACACUAAGGGCCUUGAGACCCCUCAGAGCCUUGUCACGUUUUGAAGGGAUGAGGGUGGUAGUCAACGCCUUGGUGGGUGCCAUCCCUUCCAUUAUGAAUGUGUUGCUGGUUUGCCUCAUCUUUUGGCUGAUUUUCAGUAUCAUGGGGGUCAACCUGUUUGCGGGCAAGUACUACUUCUGUUUCAACGAGACCUCUGAGGAAUACUUUCCUGUCGAUGUGGUUAACAACAAGACCCAAUGCGAAGCCCUCAUUGAGCAAAACUUUACUGAGGUCAGAUGGAAGAAUGUCAAAAUUAACUUUGACAACGUGGGCGCCGGCUACCUGGCCUUGCUGCAAGUGGCCACAUUCAAAGGCUGGAUGGACAUUAUGUAUGCCGCUGUGGACUCCAGAGGGGUGGGAGAACAGCCCAAAUAUGAAGGCAACAUCUACAUGUACAUCUACUUUGUCGUCUUCAUCAUAUUUGGAUCCUUCUUCACCCUCAACCUCUUUAUUGGUGUGAUCAUUGACAACUUCAACCAGCAGAAGAAAAAGUUUGGAGGUCAGGAUAUCUUCAUGACAGAGGAACAGAAGAAGUACUACAACGCCAUGAAAAAACUGGGCUCGAAAAAGCCUCAAAAACCCAUCCCUCGACCACAGAACAAGAUCCAAGGCAUGGUGUUUGACUUUGUCACGCAGCAGGUUUUUGACAUCUCCAUUAUGAUCCUCAUUUGCCUUAACAUGGUCACCAUGAUGGUCGAAACGGACGACCAGUCGGACGAAACGGAGAAUGUCCUCUACUGGGUCAACUUCAUCUUCAUCGUGGUCUUCACCACAGAGUUCUUGCUCAAGCUCUUUGCUCUUCGCCACUACUACUUCACCAACGGCUGGAAUAUCUUUGACGUGGUGGUGGUCAUCCUGUCCAUUGUUGGUAUGUUCUUGGCCGACCUCAUUGAGAAGUACUUUGUAUCGCCGACUCUGUUCAGGGUGAUCCGGUUGGCUCGUAUCGGACGUAUCCUGCGUCUCAUCAAAGGAGCUAAGGGCAUCCGGACUUUACUGUUCGCUCUGAUGAUGUCACUGCCGGCCUUGUUCAACAUCGGCCUCCUGCUCUUCCUGGUCAUGUUCAUUUUCUCCAUCUUCGGCAUGUCCAACUUUGGUUAUGUGAAACACGGAGCCGGCAUUGACGACUUAUACAACUUCGAGACUUUCGGCAACAGCAUGAUCAUCCUGUUCAUGAUCACCACGUCGGCCGGCUGGGACGGCUUGCUCCUGCCCAUCCUCAACUACCCGCCGGACUGCAACAUCGCCUACGAAAACCCCGGAACGAACGUGAAAGGCAACUGCGGCAACCCUUCGGUGGGAAUCUUUUUCUUUGUCAUGUACAUUAUCAUUUCAUUCCUGAUCGUGGUGAACAUGUACAUCGCCAUCAUUCUGGAGAACUUCAGCGUGGCCACCGAGGAAAGCGCCGAUCCACUUAGCGAGGACGACUUUGAGACAUUCUACGAGAUCUGGGAGAAAUUUGACCCGACCGCCUCCCAGUUCAUCACUUUCGCCAAGCUGCCCGACUUUGCCGACGCCCUGGAACACCCGCUUCGUGUGCCCAAACCUAACACAAUAGAGCUGAUCGCCAUGGACAUGCCCAUGGUGAGCGGCGAUCGCAUUCACUGCCUGGACAUCUUGUUUGCCUUCACGAAGCGUGUGCUGGGCGACAGUGGUGAGUUGGACAUGCUGAGGCAGCAGAUGGAGGAGCGCUUUGUGGCAGCCAAUCCUUCCAAGGUGUCAUACGAGCCCAUCACCACCACGCUUCGCCGCAAACAGGAGUACGUCUCCGCCAGAAUCAUUCAGAACGCCUAUCGCGCCCACCUCAUCAGGCGCGGCAUCAUCUUCAAGCGCCAUAUUUUCACAAACAAUAAGCUGGAGAACGGCGGGACCAACCAAGAGCAGAAGGAGAGCACUCCGUCCACGGCCUCGCUCCCCUCCUACGACAGCGUGACUAAACCCGACAAGGAGAAGCAGGACGACAACAAGGACGAGUGGGCCAGGAAAGAGAAGGACAAAAACCAAAAAGACGAGUGGGAAUCCAAGUGUUAGGGUUCGGCGACUCUUCCUGUUCAAUAAAACACAGCGAGAUGAGACUCUGGAGCCCAAAUGUAGAAACAAUUUGCAAGUUACAAAACCCAAGAAAGAAACGUUUACAAACUCGUACUGCUGAGGCGACCUGGUCUCGUAUGUCAUCAAAGACAGCUGAACCAAACACAAUCAGUCUGCUGUAUAGGGACCAAGUUGGACAAGCAGUGUGUUGCCAGUCGCACACAUUCCUUGUGGGGACCAACUUGCCAAGGCGCACACACACACACAAACACACAACAGCAAUCCCUGCCACCGCCGAGCGUGAAGAAGCCUCUUCUGCAAAGCUUCCACGCUGCCGAAGCGGACCGUCCCGCUAGAACGGUCCCAUCAGUCUUAAAGGAAGGUUCCAGAACACAGAGUUAAUGGAGAGGAAAAUAAAACAAGUUUAGGGGGGGGGGGGGGGGUCAAGGAAACACAGUAACGUAGACAAAGAUUUGUUUUGUUUUGUUCGUGCUGAGUAGACUUGCAUCUUUACAUCAUUUGAGCAGCAAAAAAACCAGCCCAUGUCACAAACCUUUCCAUCUCUUUGUUAUGCCGACUGAAGACAUUUUUGGCGCUCGCACUGGCAGACCGACUCAGUUUUGACUUGGGCUGAAGGACCGAGUCCCAGAUAAAUACUGUUGUGCUUGUUCAAUGCAUAGAAAUGACUUGCAUGAAGGCAUGUUUUGAUCAGGAAUCACGCAUGAGUAAUCACAGUCCACUUAAUCCUCACAACGCCAUGAGGGCAAUGAGACGUCAAACCAUGGUCAUUCAAGAAUUUUUUUUUUGCUGCUCUGCAUGUCAAAGUGGAAGAGAUGAGAAUAUCCUCAUGUUGAGGAUGCAAGGAUUCGGAGGGCAGGUCUUCCUCAAUCCAAAUCUGGGGCGUAGGCUCAUGUCUUUGUUUACUUUCAUCUGUCUUACAGUCUUGAGGAUAUCAGCCCUAUAAUUGUUGUCGCCGCUUUUGUUUUGGGCUGGCGGAGGUAAAAAAACGUGUUCCAUGCAGUAGGUUAGGGAUUAAUUUAUUUUGUACACUUUGACAAGAUAUGCAUCAGAGCUUCCCAGCGAACGAGUGCUUUUUGGGACAGUUUGGAGUCUCUCUGAUGUCCCUUGUGAUGCAAUCAUCCUCAAAAAAGGCUUUUUUUAGAGAGAGUGACACGGCGCGUCUGGGGUUAGCGGCCAGUUAUCCCGAGGACUCGCCUUGUCGUGCCUAUAGCGUCAAUGCAGAAGGGGGGAAAGCGCACCAAAGGGCUUGUGGUUUCUAGAUCUAAAAAAAAGGGUUUUGUCUGCGGGCGCCGCUCGGUCACAGAAUCAACGUCCGACUGCCAUGAGAGGAAGGAGGAGACUUUGGGGAAAAGUCAGUGUAUCAUUGUGCUUUUGUGGGACCCUCUUUUCACACAAGUAUAUCACACGCUUCCAAUUUGUUAGGCCGACACAAACAAGAUGAAACAUCAGCAGGCCUCACAUUGAUGCAGCUACGGUGUAAAAAACAACAAAAAAGAUGAAGUAAUGUGAGGCUUUGUCAAUCCAGCUGCCUCCUUUAGGUGUUCCUGCCAUUCCUUUUCUACACUUGGAGUCGAUGGUCCUAUAUUUCUAAGCGGAUGAGGCGGACGUUUCUCCGGUCAUCCCGCCGUCGCACCACUGAUGCCAUUUGGUGUGUUUAACACUGCCUGGACCCCGACCCCCUUUUUGUGUGUGCCAUGAACCCAGGUCUGUUUACAAUAAGAGCAGAUUUGGCUGCUGCACACGGAAACCAAAUACAUUCGCCACCAGAACCGUCGCAGGAGCGAGCUGCGUCGUCCGAAACUCAAGUGUGCUCGUUCCGGAUGCAAGCCUUCCCGGGGACUCAUCCAUUCCCGCUGGAAGGAACAACAAAGACAAAAAAACACCGAUGUACAGUACAGUACAGUACAAUACAGUACAGUGCAGUAUAGUGCAGGCUACCAUGCAAAUGGCACAAUGGCUGACAGAGAACGACCUUUUUGAGAGAAACUAUAAAUAGUGUACCAUAUGAUUUUAUUUUACCGGCAUGCUUUGUUGUGUUUUUUUGUAAAUAAGGACUUUUAAAAAUGUUACUACUACUAAUCAAAGAAAGAACAAAACAAAAAGAAUAACAAUAAUAGAAUGGCUUCCAGCUAUGCCCUUUGUCACAUUUGUUACCUUUUGGAUUUUUUAACACACUUUUCACUUUGUUGACGAAUAUUGAAUGAUAUAUAUAUGUAUAUAUAUAUGUAUAUACAUAUAUGUUUGUAUGUAUAUACAUAUAUAAAUAUCGAUAGAUAUAGAUAGAUAUGAUAUAAUACAAAAGAUCUAUACAUGUAUGUCUAUAUGUAUUUACAUAAAACAGAAGAACACUGUCACAUUUGAUUUAUGUGCAACACGUUCAGUGGAUGUCUAAAGAGCACCUGUCAAUGUUGGUGUGUGUGUGCGCAUGUGCGUGUGUGUGUGUGUGUGCGUGUGUGUGUAUGGGGUGGGGUAUCAGCUUAAAUGUGAUGUCAAUGGAGCUGCUUGCCAUGGAUUGUAGCCUGAUGAUGACGACAAGGACAAUGUUUCCAGCACGUCUCACCUUCACCGUCAGUUUACAGGACACACACGCACACACACACACACACAUGCACAUGCACGCAUACACACACUGCCCUUCUCUACCAGCUCUUCCUGAAGGACAUCAGCUGACUCCCUGCCCUACCACCUUUCCUGCCCACCACCACAUCAGUGCCAUUACAGCUCACAUUACCCCGUCUUCUCAUCCUCAUCUUUUUCCUUUUUCUUCUUCUUCUUCUUCUAGUGUUCCACUCGAUGGCUUGUGCCUUUUUUUCUGCAGAUUUGGACACCACAAAAAAACGAAACAAAAAAAUGAUACUUAUGUUUGGGAGUAAGGGUUCAGGGUGAGCACAACGUUAAUCAGGGAUGCGGAGUCAUCAAAAAUACUGCCGGAGGAUGUUGGCAACACCUCAUUUUGUGUCCAUAUUCAACUGUGUGUAAAGUGAACUGAAAACUCAAAACUGUCCUGUACUACUUCUUUUAUAAUGCAAUGUGUGUGAGUGUGUGCGUGUGUGUGAAUGUGUGUCACCCACUUGGCUUGUGAAAAAGCAGCUUGCCUUCUAUACUUAUUUUUCGGUUCCGAUAUAUUUACGUUAUCCAUCUGAAAUUUAUUUUUGUAUCAAUAUUUGACGAUAAGACUCGUUCGUUUUUUUUUUUAAAGCAUGGUUUAAUUUUUUUUUUUUUCGUUGAAAAAUUAAAAGUGCUUUUCAAAUUGUUAUCAUUUGACACAGUGAUUUGGAAAAAAAAAAAAAAAAGAAAAAGAUAUACAGUACCAUAUGCUGGUGUGUUGCACAACCACUUGGACUCCUGGCAAGAAUAUAUGAAAGAUUGUCUUAAUUUGAGCACGAACCUUUUUAUUACCAAUAAAGCAGCCUUCCAGUUACCACGGUCUGCUUGUUUCUUAUGGAUUCUUUAAGGACAUCUUGCUGUGGACCAUGCAGGGACAGGCAGUAAGCUUCAUGGCUGGUGAGGCACUGACUUGUUUCACCCUCAGGCCCUGAGGGUGAUAUUUUUUUUAAUUAUUAUUAGUUUGACCUUUUAAAUGCCUUUAGAUCAAAUUAUGUCACAGUUAUCAAUCAGUAUAAAUUUGCAUACAAUGAAGGAUUUUUCUAUUUUAAAACCUGUGACAUUAUCUGAUCCUAAAGGGACAUAAUAAAUUCCCAUUUAUUCUGAUAUUUUUUUGUUUGGGACUCAAGUUUAUUUAAAAAACUGAGCAAAAAAGGGAAACGUUUCAAAAAUUCAAGGAGUGUUAGGCUUUCCUUGGCUACGAAGACAAUCAAAAUCGAGAGUCGUAACUUUAAAUCCUUGCGCUCUAAUCAAUGUAUUCAGAAACACUUUGUUGCACUAAAUUGAUUUGAGUUCCGCUUUUCCUCUCUGUAGAAAGAUGGCAGCGAGCCUCUUCCAGCUCAUGUUACCCCCCUCCCCGCCCUCCCCCUAUCCCCUGCAUUUAAUCAUCCGAUUAGCAGGAAUAAUGAUGUCACACUUGUGACAGAAACUGAGAAUCACAAAGCCAACUGGGGACUAGAAGAGGUGUGUUCACACUUGUCAUGUUUGGUUCGGGUUGAAAGACCUCUGAAGUAUUCCAUCAUAUUUUGAUGAUUUCUUUCUUUAAUUCACUGAAAAUCAUCAGCUUCCUCUUCUCAGCACUGUCAAUUUCCAUGGUUGGAAAACAAAAUGAUGUCCAUCUUUAGCUGUGAACUAAUGCUACACUGCAAAUUGUUUGCCACUUGCUAAGAUUUAAAAUUGUAUUUCUAGGAAUGUCCAUAGUUUUAAAAUCUAUUUACUUAUUUUAGUCAUUGACUUUACAUCAUAAUCUUAAUGAAUAAUUGUAUUUUGUCUAUUAUAGAUUAAAAGUGAAGGAGUUCAAGUACCUCAGAGUCUUGUUCACGAGUGAGGGAAGAGUGGAUCGUGCGGCGUCUUCAGUAAUGCGGACGCUGUAUCGAUCCGUUGUGGUGAAGAAGGAACUGAGCCGGAAGGCAAAGCUCUCAAUUUACCAGUCGAUCUACGUUCCCAUCCUCACCUAUGGUCAUGAACUUUGGGUUAUGACCGAAAGGACAAGAUCACGUGUACAAGCGGCCAGAAGGAGUUUCCUCUGCAGGGUGGUGAGGCUCUCCCUUAGAGAUAGGGUGAGAAGCUCUGUCAUCCUGGAGGAGCUCAAAGUAAAGCCGCUGCUCCUCCACAUCGAGAGAAGCCAGAUGAGGUGGUUCGGGCAUCUGGUCAGGAUGCCACCCGAACGUCUCCCUAGGGUCCGAUCGGUAGGAGGCUACGGGAAAGACCCACGUUGGGAAGACUAUGUCUCCCGGCUGGCCUGGGAACGCCUCGGGAUCCCCCGGAAGAAGCUGGAUGAAGUGGCUGAGGAGAGGGAAGUCUUGGCUUCUCUACUUAGGCUGCUGCCCCCGCGACCCGACCUCGGAUAAGCGGAAGAAAAUGGAUGGAUGGAUGGAUAGAUUAAAAAUGGUAAAAUUGAUAAAUAACCAUUCAGACUAGAUAUUUUGGUUUUCCCCAGAGAAAGUCAUGUUUGAAUAUCCUGCAACAUCCCGAGGAUACGUAAUUUAAGAAUCGCAAGUUGAAUAACGCUUGUUUUCAGAAUAAAAUACCCAUUUCUAAGUCCUGCUAUUUUCUAGAUAUGCAAAUCUUAAUUUCUCAUCAAGUACAACUAACUAGCUGCAUCACAUGGACAGAUAAUUUCACUAGUUUUUAAUAUUUUUUUCCCCCUAAAAUCUAGUAUUUCUAUCUUCUGUUUUGUCAGCUUUUUACAGUACAGCAUGUAAGACCAGAUGUUUGGGGCGGAUCUUACGGGGUUCACUGUGACAUUUACUGUACACCAAACAAUGUAACUCAAAUUUUUGCUUGCAGUUUAAAGCCCAACAAUUUGCCAAGAGACAGCUCUUCUCUCAAAACUCUCCUAAAUUGAGGUACCACUGUGAUCUCAUUGAAUUAAGUCCCACAUCUGCGGUCCCCUCCAAGGUUUCUCAUUGUCAUCCCACUGGGUUGAGUUUUUUCUUGCCCUGAUGUGGGAUCUGAGCCGAGGAUGUUGUUGUGGCUUGUGCAGCCCUUUGAGACACUUGUGAUUUAGGGCUGUAUAAAUAAACUUUAAUUGAUUGAUUGACACAUGUAAUAUGUGGUGUCCUUAUAUAUAUGUUCUUUACUGCAUGGAUGCAAGGCUCCUUUGAGUUCUCUUUCAAAUCUUCCUCAGUGGUCACAAACAUUUGACUUGUUGUCACGGCCCGGGCGUACACGUAUGCGCUGCGCUGGGCGCACCUCCAGGAGCGCGCCAGGCACGUGCCAGUUUGGCUGCAGCCAUCAGC